AUGGUUACGGCCUUGGCUGUACUCAGCUUGACAUACGCGAAAAAUUCGACGACGAAAACAAAGCCGAAGCGACAACUCGAGAAUAUACGAACGCCGCAGAACCUGCAGUACUCCCUGGUGUUGCCCCAUUCGAGGGUCGCACAUUUCCGCUCCACGUCAGGCAACCGGAGAAUUUCGAAUGUGCCCCGCGGGAAACUUCCGCCGUACGCGGUGCAGAUGGAGCCGGUCGUUCAAUACUCUCAAAAGGAUCCUCUGUACGACCCGUACCUCGAUAAUCUAGAUGAUGCCGUCGUGAACAAGAACGAAAUUCACGCCCAACCGAAAAUCCUAAACAUUCACGAUCAGUCUUCUGAAGGAUCAUUUGGACCGCCCUAUGGAUCUUUGCCCACUGCCCCCCUGUAUGGUUACGAGCAACAGCCUCAUUAUAUCGACGCCCCCGAACCUAUUAUUGAAAUUAUUAUCAAGGAGUCCAACGAAUCCCUGCCAGCACCUCCCCCUCAGCCGAUACAGAAAAAGAAGAAAGGAGCCAGUUCAAGUAUUUUACGUAAAUCCACGUCUAGAACCGUUGAAAUAAAGCCAACUACACAAAAGUAUUACUCUUCAACUAUAAACACUUUACCUUCAACUCCGGAACCAAAAAAAGAAGAGAAAAAGAAGAAACCAGCAAUUGAACUACCGGAUGAAGUACCGGACGAUCUGCGCCAGCAACUGCUUUCCUCUGGUAUUUUAGAUAACGCUGACAUUAGUGUUUUAGAUUAUGAUAAAGUUGGAGAAACUCCUUUGGAGUCUUUGCCCCCGGAUCAAUUAGCAAACUUUUUCAGCGCAGGGGGUGGUCAACAAUUAGCGUCAAGUGAACACAAACCAAUCGUAGUUAAACCCAAUGGUGAUCAGAUCGAAUCCAGAAUUGAUGACGGCAUUGAUGAAGAUGAUCAAGACAUUGCUGCAUCAGAAAAUGUGGCAACUUAUGUAACACCCCCGCCGGCUUCAUCUGAAGGGGUAGAGAUGAAAGUUGUCCAUUUCGACCCCAAGACCCCCGAAGGUCAGAACAUAGCGAAGGAUUAUGUUAAAGAAGAUGCAACUCAGGUUGAUCCCGUCGCUUUAAAUGAUAAAAAAUACAAUAGAUAUUUACCUUUAAAAGUGAGCGGUAAUCAAUUUCCUCUACCGGAUAUUCUCAAAGGCAGAAAAGUAGCAUCGGUUGUUGUCUUAGCGCCUGUGGAGACGGAAGAAUUAAGCAGUGAGCACACUAGAACUGAACGAGCUACCAGUAACGGCUUAAAAGGAAUAAAAUUCGUCGCUGGGGACAGUUUGCAUGAUUUACUUAAGAAGCCGACAACGGAUAAUUUCAAGAAGUGGCUGGAAAUUGAGAAAAAGACCUCUACAGAUCAGCAAUCUGUCAUUCUACUUGUGACAGAAAACGAUGAACCGGCGGAGGAUCGUGAAAUAUUUAUGUAUGACAUAUCAUCGGGUAACGUGAACAAACUCAGUGGCGAAUUAUCCAACGCAUUUGUCGAGGCUGCCGAGAACAAUUCAUUAAGCAAAGACAUCGAAAAGCUAGCCAUUGAAGGGGAAGGAACUCCAGAGAGCUUCGACAAAGACGAACAGGAUCCUGUAGGGGAGGGUUCAGAGAAUGUGCCAUUAUUUGUAGAUUUAUCAGGUAUAAGUUUAGAUCAAGAAGACAGCAAAGUAUCAAUUUCCUCCGGAUACAGUAAAACAAAACUCGGCAGAUCACUAAGAAGACAA